GGCAUACUUACAACACGGAGAAGUCAGCUUAGGGAAGACUAGCUCCUCUUCUGAGGCCCACUUGAAAGAAAGGAAAAAAAAAGCACUUGCCCCUGCUCAGUUGAGAAUAAGGGAGCCAAAGAGAGACAGUAGGGAACAGACCCUGGUAGGAAAGAACUUCCUCCCCAUUGAGUGCUUUCUCUUCUUCCCGGGGCAUUCGUGGCUCAGAAUUGCUGUGCGGGCCCAGUCUCUGCCUCCCGCUUCUCAUCUGGCCAUGUCCUUAGCUGAGGCAAUCCGCCUUUGGAAUGAAGGGGUGCUGGCAGCAGACAAGAAGGACUGGCACGGAGCCUUAGAAGCCUUCACUGGAGUUCAGGACCCCCAUUCCCGGAUCUCCUUUAACAUCGGUUGCAUCUUCAUGAUCCUGGAAAACAUGCAGGAGGCAGAAAAGGCCUUUACCAGGAGCAUAAACCGAGACAAGCAUUUAGCAGUGGCUUAUUUCCAACGAGGGAUAGUCUUUUGUAGGAUGGAGAGAUAUGACUCAGCUCUUCAAGACCUGAAAGAGGCAUUGACUCAGCUCCGAGGGAACCAGCUGAUAGAUUACAAGAUCCUGGGGCUGCAGUUCAAGCUGUUUGCCUGUGAGGUGUUAUAUAACAUCGCUUUCAUCCAUGCCAAGAAAGAGGAAUGGAAGAAAGCUGAGGAGCACUUGGCUCUGGCCAUGAGCAUGAAGACAGAAGCCAGACACUCCAAAAUUGACAAAGCUAUGGAAGCCAUUUGGAAACAGAAGCUGUAUGAGCCAGUGGUGAUUCCUGUGGGGAAACUGUUUAGACCUAAUGAGAAGCAGGUGGCUCAGCUGGCCAAGAAGGAUUACUUGGGCAAGGCUACGGUUGUAGCAUCUGUGGUGGAUCAAGACAGCUUCUCGGGAUUUGCCCCUCUGCAACCCCAGACAGCUGAACCUCCCCCAAGACCCAAAACACCAGAAAUCUUCAAGGCCCUGGAAGGAGAGGCACAUCGUGUGCUAUUUGAAUUCACACCUGAGACAUCAGAGGAACUCCAAGUCUUGCCAGGAAACAUUGUCUUUGUCCUGAAGAAAGGAAAUGAUAACUGGGCCACGGUCAUGUUCAAUGGGAAGAAAGGACUUGUCCCCUGUAACUACCUGGAACCUGUUGAACUCCGGAUCAAUUCUCAACUUCAAAACCAGGAGGGAACCUCUCCAGAUUCUGACAUCCCAGCACCACCCAAUUCCAGAGCUCCUGAAAAGCCCCACAAGCUCCCAGGCAUGAAGCAAUCAGAAGAGGCGACGGACCUAAAGCUCAGCAUCCCCACACCAUACAUCCUCAAAGUACAUUACAAGUACACGGUGGCCAUGGAGAUUCGUCCUGGGCUUUCCUACAGUGAAAUCUUGGACAUGGUUUGCAAAAAACUGGAGCUGCUCCCUGAGCACACCAAGUUGAGCUAUCGACCUGGGGAUGACAAGGACCUCACCGCCCUUUCAGAGGAAAACAUGAAGACUGUGUGGAGCCACGUGAAGAACUAUUGCCUGACUCUCUGGUGUGAACACACGGUGGGUGACCAAGGCCUUCCAGAAGUACCGAAGGAAAAAGAAACAUUAAAUGACAAUAGUCAUAUGACAGAACCUCAACAGAAAGAAGGAAACCAAGUGUUGGCACUGUUCAAUUAUGAAGCUUCACAACCAGAAGACCUGGAAUUUGUAGCUGGAGAUGUGAUCCUGGUGUUAUCGAAAGUGAAUGAUGAAUGGCUGGAAGGAGAAUGCAACGGGAAAGUGGGCAUUUUCCCAAAAGCUUUUGUUGAAGAAUGUGCAGCUAUGGGCCCAGAAGGCCAGACUGUGAAGGCCUAGGCAUUGAAGUUUGAAAAAGAGAAGUUCUAAGCAUUUCAAAGAUUCACAACAGUUGAUGCCCUGAAUUGAUGCCAGUUGGAGAAUGUUAACCUGUUUUCCUUGUAAAGCUUUAUCUGAUAUUUGCUUCCUUCAUUAAAAAUCUUGUUACU